UGGCAAGUGUGACGCCGGGUCCAAAUGCCACAGCUGAAGCAACUGCCAACCAUGCCUCGGCAGAAGCGGCCCGCGCCUCAGCUGAAGCAACUGCCAACCAUGCCUCAGCAGAAGCGGCUGGCCCCUGCGCCUCAGCUGGAGCAACUGCCAACCAUGCCUCGGCAGAAGCGGCCCACGCCUCAGCUGGAGCAACUGCCAACCAUACCUCGGCAGAAGCGGCCCGCGCCUCAGCUGGAGCAACUGCCAACCAUACCUCGGCAGAAGCAGCUGGCCCCCGCACCUCGGCAGAAGCGGCCCGCGCCUCAUCUGGAGCAACUGCCAACCAUGUCUCGUCAGAAGCGGCCGGCCCCCGCGCCUCAGCUGAAGCAACUGCCAACCAUGCCUCUGCAGAAGCGACCGGCCCCCGCGCCUCAGCUGAAGCAACUGCCAACUGUACCUCUGCAGAAGCGGCCGGCCCUCGCGCCUCAGCUGAAGCAACUGCCAACCGUACCUCUGCAGAAGCGACCGGCCCCCGCGCCUCAGCUGAAGCAACUGCCAACCAUACCUCUGCAGAAGCGGCCCACGCCUCAGCUGAAGCAACUGCCAACCGUACCUCUGCAGAAGCGGCCGGCCUUGAACAGACGGCCCGACCCCUCAACAAGCUAGAUAGGGAGAUCAUAAUUUGGUUUGCCCAACUCCUUAAUCGUCUUUCUCCUGUUACUGUGCCUCCAUUUGAAGAAAAGGGCAAAGGUAACUGAGAUGAGUAAUUGUGCAAACUAAUGCGCUUGUUUGAAAUGAGGAUCUCCUUCACUUGCGCAUUGUCAUGCAAAUUGUUUACAGGGGUGAACGCUACAACGGUAUGAAUUGUUUUCAAAACCAUACGACUAAAAUUUACUUCUGAUUUGGCUACUAUUGCUGACACUUAGGCUGUACGGUUAUGAUUUUUAUGUGUCCUGGUGUUCCUGCUACUCUUACAUGAUUUGUUCAGUAAACAAUUUGACUUCCAAAAUA